GCAGAGGAGGCAAGUAGAAAAGCAGAAAAAGAAGAUCAUACAAUUCAGCCCAGCUUUAAUCUCCUCCCAUCACAAAUUUGAGCCCCAUACGAAUGACAGAAAUGGAUGCCCCUCUCUCCACCCCAUGCAAUAUCCAGAUUUGUGAGGUGACCUGCGACUCCUUCCGCAUCAUGUGGGAUAUGACCCCCGAGGACACUGCCAGAGCCACACACUUCUUCAUUGACCUGAGCCGCAAAGAGAGCAAGGAUCCCAACCGCUUCAAACACAGGGAUGUGCCAACCAAGCUGGUGGCCAAGGCUGUGCCUCUCCCCAUGGCAGUUAGGGGACACUGGUUCCUCAGCCCACGGACAGAGUACUGUGUUGCUGUUCAAACUGCUGUCCGACAGCCAGACGGGGACUACCUGGUGUCAGAGUGGAGCCAGGUGGUGGAGUUCUGCACUGGAGACUAUGCCAUGGAACACUUACAGCAGCUUCUUGACAAGGCCAAGGGCUCUGCAGGGAGGCUGCUGAAAUUCUCUGUGUUUUAUCGCAACCAGCACCCAGACUACUUCGAAUACGUCAGGAAGGAAUGUGGAGGACUGAUGCGUUCAGCCCUGAAAGACAGCAGUGGGAGUCAUGGUUCUCCUAUCAACAGCAAACUGCAUGGAGUCUUCUUCAGCUGCAACACAGAGUUUGAUACAGGCCUCCCUCCCAAAGACUCCCCAUACGGCCCCUUGCGUUUCCAGAUCCCAGCUGGAUACAUGCUGAACUCCAACAUCUGCCUGUAUUUUGCAGACUUCUAUUGUAUGUACACAGCCUACCACUAUGUGGUGCUGGUGCUGGCCCCUGUCGGCUCGGAGGGAGAUACCUUCUGUCGCACCCGCCUCCCUAUGCUGGACUUGGCCUCCAACCCCUUCCUGACAUACACUCCCCCCCAGAGGCCGGGGGAAGAGCCUCUGUACUGCCAUGCCAGUGACGUCAUCCUUGAGGUGCUUUUUACAGAGCCGGUUCAUUUGGAUCAGGGCAGUGUGGCACAGAUCAGUGGGCACCACCAGCUUAUGAGUCUGACCACAGCCAAUGCCAAGAAAGACCCAAGCUGCAAAGUGUGCAACAUUAGUGUGGGACGCUGAGGGAGAUGCUGAUGUAAGACAGACCUGUGAGUGUGUGAGCCUGCAAUGCUGAAGUUCAUCAAGUGUAGGUCAGAACACAGUGGAAACAGCCCACCUCUCGGGGUGUGUGCAUGCUGCUUUCCCUCUUCCCUCCUGCCUGGACUAGAAUAGUGAUUAUUAGACUUUUACAAUGUGUAUCGCUCUUAUGCUGGACUACUAGUUUGAUGUGAUUUAUUUUAAAGAAAUUUGUGUUUGGUACAACCUGGAAGUUCAAAUGCUAGAAGCAUGCCCCUUUUAUAAGUCAGUGGUUUUAAACAUAAUGGAGCUCAUAACAAAUAUUCUGUUAUUUGUUUUUCUCAUGAUGCUCUGUCUAUGAAGUCACUGACAGAUGCCUUGUCUUCAAAAAAAAAAAAGACUUAAU